AUGUCGUCAAGACCAACCAAAAAUCAAGGCCCUCCACCAACCGUUCCUACUAGAGACAAGUCGCUCGUGCAGAGGUUCAUGGCGGUGGCGAAGACCUUGCAAUUUGCGUGGUUUACAGGCCAUGCUGUCGUGUUGAUCAGCUCCAUCCUGUACCUGUUCAAGAUGUCGGAAUGCUAUUACAGGCUGGUGUAUCUCGGUGUUAUCGAAUCCUUCGGCAUCAUCAUCUAUCAGCAAUUUUUCACCCGCAAUGAACCACUGCAAACUCAAGACGCCGCUGCCACUAAGGCUUCGGUGAAGUCACGUAUUGCAGGCCUGUUAAAGAGCGAAGAUGUGUUGUAUCUGGUUUUGGCCAUCUUCUGGUUGGCCACCCCAAGAUUUUCCCUUAGCUUGAUACCAUUUUUCGCGUUUGCUGUAUUCCAUGUUCUAAUCUACGUUGAAAAGGUCAUCUUCCCAAAGGUCUUCCUUCUUUCCAGUAAGGACUCCAGUAAGAUCCUCAGCUUCAUCGACAGGUUCGUUGUCCAAUACAAUGAUUUAUGUAUGCACUGGGUUGGUACUGCUGAAUUGCUGAUUUUCAUCUUGGUCCUUUUCAGGGCCAUUCUAUGCUUCCAAAGAUCUUGGAUCAUGCUAGUAGUGUAUGCUGUCUUCAUCAAGUUAAGAUAUGAAAACUCCAAGUACAUGAAAGCUGCCUUCGCUCAAUGGAGAGUUAGAAUGGACGGAAUAAUAAGCCACCCAUCCGUCCCACCAUAUGUCAAGAGAGCUUACAAUGCAGUGAAGAUGAGCUUGGUCCACUUGUCCGAGUUCCGCUUAAGUGGCACUCCACAGGCGACCAAGAAGCAAAAUUGA